GUUGAAGCCUGUCAUUGAUUUUUAUAGAAUAAUGUUUGAUUUGGAAAAAGAAUGGAGCAUCAGCUUUGCAGGAUGCGGUUUCAUGGGGAUUUAUUACGUUGGGGUCAGCAGCUGCAUCCUGGAACGUUUCCCUGGAUUCAUACAGAACGCAACGAGAAUCUAUGGAGCUUCAGCAGGUUCUCUGAUGGCUGCCAUCCUGACUCUAGGAGUUCCAGUCGAUAAAUGCUGUGCAGAUUUGAUGCACAUGGCCAGGGAGGCCCGGAAGCACAAACUGGGGCCCCUGCACCCGGCUUACAACCUGCUGCAGCUGGUCCAGGACUGUCUGCUGGGCAGCCUCCCGGAGGACGCCCACAUCCGGGCCUCCGGGAGGCUCUGCGUGUCCCUGACCAGAGUGUCUGAUGGGAGGAACUUGCUAGUGUCACAGUUUAGCAGCAGAGAGGACCUCAUUCAGGCGUUAAUCUGCAGCUGCUUCGUCCCUCUCUACUGUGGUGUUAUUCCACCUACAUACAAGGGAGUUCACUAUGUGGAUGGUGCUGUCAGUGACAACCUGCCUCGCUGUGACCAAGGAAACACGAUCACAAUCUCCCCGUAUGCCGGUGAGAGCGACCUCUGCCCCCGAGCAACCACGCUGACCUUUCAUGAAGUGCGCUUCAAUAACGUCAGCAUCCAAGUCAACUCAGAGAACUUGUAUCGAGUGACCAGCACGUUCUUCCCUCCAGACCCUGAGGCAAUGGCUGAAAUCUGCCAGAACGGCUACAUGGAUGCUCUUCGCUUCCUGCAAGAAAACAAUCUGAUCAGCGGCGAGUCGCCCCUCAGGAGUCUGGGAAAUGAGGACUGCAAACACGCUUGCUGUGAUCUGCUCGAAUCAGGAAAAUCCAGAGAGAAGAGCAAGCAGCCUCAUCAAGAUCACCAUUGGUUGGAUCCAAAGAGCAUCGUGAACCUGCCAGUGAACAUCCAGAAGGUCCUGUGUAAGGCGUGUAAAGAGACGCAUGCUGUCGGGGGUUUGUUCACACAAAUGACUGAUUACCUGCCAAAGAAGGUGACAUCCUACCUGCCCUUUGAAUGCCUUGCUCAAAGAGUCAAAGGUUGGAUUCCAGAUGUGCCGAGGGACAUUAACUGGCUGUUUGGCUCGGCUGAAGUCAAGCAGGAUCUGAAAGUCAAGGCAGAAGACAGGCUCAGUCAUCCACCGUUGCGCAGGUGCACAAGCCUGCCGUCAGACCUGAAUCUGUGGAGUCAGAGGAAAGAAGUCAUAAAGGCUCUCACGCUGAGCGCAGAGGUCAGCUCCGGGUUUGAUGAAGGCUCCACAAAGUCAUCCUCCCCUGCUGGAGGCUGGGGUCUGGGCAGAGUGAUGGGCUGGAUACAAAACCUGAAGCCCAACAAAACAUCAGAGCUGAAGUAAAAGAUCUCUCCUGCACAUUUACUGCACUCAGUUAUUUCUACCUGUGUGAGAAUAUUGCAUUCAGUGAAAUGAGAGUCUUCUGUGUUUUGUUGCAAAAGCAUAAAGAAACAAACCAGAACAGUUAACAGUAAACUUCUUCUGCUUUUACAACUUUUAGGUUAAUUCAUGUUUUUAAUCUCCUGAAACUCACCAUAUGAUAAAACAGGAAUGACCAGAACUCCUCACAGACCUGCUUAAUGUUUUAGCACAAAUAAUGAAUCUUCAUUUAUUUUAAUCGUUCAAAGCUUUAAUAAAACAGUUACAACAUUGAAAGAGAUUCUUGCAUCUUUAAUUAGUAUUUUAAUUUAAUAUUUCCUUUAUUAAUCAUUUGUUUUUGUUUUUUAUACUGCAGCCUAUUUUGUCCAUUUUUAAAAAAUAAAUAUUUCUUCUUUACUUGUGUCAGACUGUUGUUUGUUAUUGGAGUUCUGCUGCACCCAUGUGGCCAUAAAAGU